UGUGUGUGUCUGUCUCUCUCUCUCUCUCUCUCUAUCCCUCCUCCUUCCUCCCCGUUAUAUUUCGCCUUCCUUCAGCAACAAUGGCUGUUGGAUGGACUGAGGGGCUGUGCCUCAGACCCUGUGCCGUGUCUCGAUGUUAGCUAUGGCCGAUGGAAACGCGUCGUCAAGCGGUGAAUCUGCUCUGGCCGUGCGCUUCUUCAACAUGGACCCCGUCAUUAUUCCCUUCGACCCCGACGCGCUCUGCGAGAGCAAAGAGCAGCGCAUGUGGUGGGCUUUCCUCGCCUCUUCCAUGGUCACCUUCUUCGGGGGGCUCUUCAUCAUCCUCCUCUGGAGGACCUUCAAUUACCUGUGGACCGUCUGCUGCCACUGCAACCCCAAGAACAAGGCUGAUGCCAACUCCAAAAACCUGGAAGAGAAGGAAGAGCUCCCUGUAGCAGAAGUGGGCUGGAUGACUUCUGUGAAGGACUGGGCAGGUGUUAUGAUAUCUGCCCAAACACUGACUGGCCGAGUUCUUGUGGUCUUAGUCUUUGCUCUCAGCAUUGGUGCACUUGUAAUAUACUUCAUAGAUUCUUCAGACCCAAUAGAAUCCUGUCAGGAUUUCUACAAAGAUUUCACAUUGCAAAUUGACAUGGCAUUCAACGUAUUCUUCCUGCUCUACUUUGGACUUCGGUUUAUUGCAGCGAAUGAUAAACUAUGGUUCUGGUUGGAAGUGAAUUCCGUGGUAGAUUUCUUCACAGUCCCUCCUGUGUUUGUGUCUGUGUAUUUGAGCAGAAGUUGGCUGGGCUUACGAUUUUUAAGAGCUCUGAGGCUGAUACAAUUUUCAGAAAUUUUACAGUUUCUGAAUAUUCUAAAAACAAGCAAUUCUAUCAAGCUCGUGAAUCUGAUCUCCAUAUUUAUAAGCACAUGGCUAACUGCAGCUGGAUUCAUACAUUUGGUGGAGAACUCAGGGGACCCUUGGGAAAACUUCCAAAAUUCCCAACCGCUGACAUAUUGGGAAUGUGUCUAUUUGCUCAUGGUUACAAUGUCCACAGUUGGUUACGGUGACGUUUAUGCAAAGACCACCCUUGGACGCCUGUUCAUGGUCUUCUUCAUCCUCGGGGGUUUGGCCAUGUUUGCAAGCUACGUCCCUGAAAUCAUAGAAUUAAUAGGAAACCGCAAGAAAUAUGGUGGUUCUUAUAGUGCGGUUAGUGGAAGAAAGCACAUAGUGGUCUGUGGACACAUUACACUUGAGAGCGUCUCCAACUUUCUAAAGGACUUCCUGCACAAGGACAGGGAUGAUGUAAACGUGGAAAUCGUCUUCCUGCAUAAUAUUUCCCCUAACCUUGAGCUGGAAGCUCUUUUCAAGAGACAUUUCACUCAGGUGGAGUUUUAUCAAGGGUCUGUGCUCAACCCUCAUGAUUUAGCCAGAGUGAAGAUAGAGUCAGCAGAUGCUUGUCUUAUUCUGACUAAUAAAUACUGUGGAGAUCCUGAUGCAGAGGAUGCCUCUAACAUCAUGAGGGUAAUAUCCAUCAAAAACUAUCAUCCAAAGAUAAGAAUCAUUACGCAGAUGUUACAGUAUCACAACAAGGCCCAUCUGUUGAACAUUCCCAGCUGGAACUGGAAGGAAGGGGAUGAUGCAAUCUGCCUUGCUGAACUGAAGCUGGGUUUUAUAGCUCAAAGCUGCCUGGCUCCAGGCCUCUCUACAAUGCUGGCCAACCUCUUCUCCAUGAGGUCGUAUAUCAAGAUUGAAGAGGAUACCUGGCAGAAGUACUACCUUGAAGGGGUCGCAAAUGAGAUGUACACAGAGUAUCUGUCCGGUGCCUUUGUAGGCUUGUCUUUUCCUGCAGUUUGUGAAUUGUGUUACGUGAAGCUGAAGCUGCUGCUGAUAGCCAUAGAGUACAAGUCAGACAAAAGGGAGAGCAGCAUAUUAAUCAAUCCUGGGAACAACGUCAAGAUUCAAGAAGGCACGUUGGGAUUUUUCAUUGCAAGUGAUGCCAAAGAAGUAAAAAGGGCAUUCUUCUACUGCAAAGCGUGUCACGAUGACAUCACAGAUCCCAAAAGGAUUAAAAAGUGUGGCUGCAAACGGCUGAUCUAUUCCAAGAUCUCCAUCUACAAGAGAAUGAAACUCGCAUGUUGUUUUGAUUGCGGAGGCUGUGAGCGUGACUGCGCUUGCAUGUCAGGCAGUGUACAUAGUAACAUGGACACCCUUGAGAGAACCUUCCCACUUUCUUCUGUCUCUGUUAAUGAUUGCUCCACCAGUUUACGUGCCUUUGCAGUUGAAGAUGAACAUCCAUCAGCAUUGUCACCCAAAAAAAAGCAGCGCAACGGAGGCAUGCGAAAUUCACCCAACGGUUCGCCCAAAUUGAUGAGGCACGACCCCUUGUUAAUUCCGGGAAAUGACCAGAUUGAAGAGAUGGACGCUAAUGUGAAGAAAUACGAUUCCACCGGGAUGUUUCACUGGUGCCUGCCGAAGGACAUCGAAAAGGUCAUUCUGACCCGAAGUGAAGCUGCCAUGACGGUGUUAAGCGGACACGUGGUGGUGUGUAUAUUUGGGGACUCAAAGUCUGCCCUGGUGGGCUUACGGAAUUUAGUAAUGCCUUUACGGGCCAGCAAUUUUCAUUAUCAUGAACUGAAGCACAUUGUAUUUGUGGGCGCACUGGAAUACCUGAAACGAGAAUGGGAAACACUUCACAACUUCCCUAAGGUGACGAUAGUUGCGGGUACACCAUUAAGCCGAGCUGAUUUAAGGGCUGUCAACAUCAACCUCUGCGACAUGUGCGUUAUACUAUCGGCCAAUCAGAACAAUAUUGACGAUACUUCGCUGCAGGACAAAGAAUGCAUCUUGGCGUCACUCAACAUCAAAUCUAUGCAGUUUGAUGACAGCAUAGGGGUCUUGCAGGCUAAUUCCCAAGGGUUCACACCCCCAGGGAUGGAUCGAGCAUCUCCUGACAACAGUCCUGUCCAUGGUAUUGUCCGACAGACCUCCAUCACCACAGGGGCCAACAUCCCGAUCAUCACUGAGCUAGUGAAUGACUCCAAUGUUCAGUUCUUGGACCAAGAUGACGAUGAUGACCCAGACACGGAGCUGUACCUGACGCAGCCAUUUGCAUGCGGGACGGCGUUUGCCGUCAGUGUGUUGGACUCGCUGAUGAGCGCUACGUACUUCAACGACAAUAUCCUGACUCUGAUACGCACUUUAGUGACUGGGGGAGCCACUCCGGAAUUGGAAGGGCUUCUGGCUGAAGAGAACGCGCUGCGAGGCGGUUACAGUACUCCGCAAACACUGGCCAACAGGGACCGAUGUCGCGUUGCACAGUUGGCUUUAUACGACGGCCCCUUCGCAGACCUCGGGGAUGGAGGCUGCUAUGGAGAUCUGUUCUGUAAAGCCUUAAAAACGUACAACAUGCUUUGCUUUGGGAUUUACCGAUUACGGGAUGCACACAUGUGUACGCCGAGCCCGUGUAUUAAGAGGUAUGUGAUUACGAACCCACCGUACGAAUUCGAGAUGGUGCCCACGGAUCUGAUCUUCUGCCUGAUGCAAUUUGACCACAACGCAGGCCAGUCUCGUGUCAGCUUGUCUCACUCGUCGCAUUCCUCACACUCUUCCAGUAAGAAGAGCUCGUCGGUGCACUCCACAUUGCCCUCGGGCAACCGACCCAGCCGCACCAAGAGCAGGGAGUCCCGGGAAAAGCAGAAAAAAGAAAUGGUUUACAGAUGAAACUGAAAACACCACAAGGAACAUUCAAAUCAACCAAUAUAAAUCCACCAGCAGUUUAAUCCAACCCAUCAGAGAAGUCGAGGAUGAAUGUUGAGACACAGAUAGCCAUUUUGCUUUCACCACAUUGCAACACUAGAAGAUAGAAAGAAAGACAAAUAAUAAUACUACUAAACAGACUGAUUCAAUUGUCUGUCCUGUACAAAAGAGUCUGUACAUAUAUUGUACAUGGUGCAUUUUGUAUUUUUCGCAGAUUAAAAUUGUUGUAUUCAUGUCCAAAAA